CUACUCUCUGCACACAUGCACUUACAUAGGAGUCAAUCUGUUAAUUAUUUUUGGACAAAUAUAUGCUUAAGGUAUUUUCAAGUUUUGUGUGUGUGCUUUUAAGUGGACUGGCAGGAAAUUCAAAACUGUGGGUCUAAUAACUGCAAUACUCUAUACAAAGACAAAAACUCGUAUAAUGCUAAACCUGCUCCGACCAACCCGAGUUUAGACGCGGAGUGAUAAACCAUUCAAACUGUAUGUAUAACUAACAAACCUAAUAAAACGUGAACAGAAAAAACUAUAUCAAUUUAAAAUUUAAAAAAUGUUUCAUAAAGACAACGGCUACAAUUACUUAUUUAAGUCAAUAUUCUGACAGUGAAAUGAGAUGAAGAAAAGUUCGAGGUGAUGACUGAUGUUUUCCAGCCUCUGCUCAACCUCCAAAAGGCUAAGUAUCAAAAAUUCGGUUCUUUAAAAAAAAAAAAAGAGCAGCAGAAAGACGAAAGAUGUGGCAAUUGUUCUCCUGGAACAGCGACGUUCUUCACACGUUGUGGGCAUAUGGAGCCCCGCCUCUUUGCUUUGCAAUUUUGACCAAUCGAUAGCAGCUUCGUUUGGUCUGCGAGGCUCGCACUUUAGAAAUUGUCAACAUGGCGGCUUUCCCACCUCUCAACCAGAUAUGUGGAAAUCAUGGUCCUAUUUAUGAGGCAUAUUACAGACAGGUUGACCCCAAAUCUACAGGCAGCAUAGGUGCACUGGAUGCUGCAACUUUUAUGAAAAAGUCAGGUCUAAAAGACGUUAUCCUUUCUCAGAUAUGGGACAUGUCAGACCCUACAGGGCGAGGCUAUUUGGAAAAACCUGGCUUCUAUGUGGCAUUGAAGCUUAUUGCCCUGACACAGAAUAGUCAAGAACUCAAUGUGACCAAAAUAACUACAGAGGCACCCCCACCCAAUCUGGGUCCAUAUGAAAUAUUGGAAGAGGUGCCAAUGGCCAGCACUCAGAGUGCUGCUGCCUGGGACAUAAAGCCAUCAGAGAAGUCAAAGUAUGAUCAAGUGUUUGACAGUCUUGGACCCAUCAACAAUAUGCUCAAUGGUGAUAAAGUUAAGCCAGUUUUACUCAACUCAAAGCUACCAGUGGAUAUUCUAGGCAGAAUAUGGGAGCUAAGUGACAUUGACAGAGAUGGAUUUUUGGACAGGGAUGAGUUUGCUGUGGCUAUGCAUUUGGUGUACCGUGCUCGAGAAGGAGAUGAGACACCGAUGGUUCUACCAGUAGGCUUGAUCCCACCUUCAAAACAAAAGCCAAGUCAUAUACCACGCCUUCCUGGGGCUGUGCCAGUGCUGCCACCUUUGUCCUCCUCAUCCCUUCCUGGCAUGCUGCCCAUUCCAGGAAGAUCAACACCUACUGUUAAACCUGAUGGACCAGCAGCUGUGGUUGGUUUACCAUGGGUGGUGACAUCAGCAGAGAAAAUUAACGCAGAUACAGUGUUUAGGCAGCUAGAUACUGAUCAGGAUGGCAUGGUAACAGGGGCUGAAAUCCGUGAGACAUUGGCCCAUAGCGGCCUUCCGACUGGUGUCCUUGCUCAUAUAUGGACUUUGUGUGACAUUCAGGGGACAGGGAAACUGAAUGCAGAACAGUUUGCUUUGGCCAUGCACUUAAUCCAACUGAAGCUCAAGGGGAUAGAGUUACCCCCCCAGCUUCUGCCAGAGAUGAUUCCUCCCUCCCUGCGAACCCAGAGUGGGGCAGACCCAGCAGCUUUUGGUGUCAGGGAUGGAACAAAUGCAGGUCCAUAUAGCCAUGUUGCUGAUUUUUCUGCCAUCAAAGAGCUGGACAACAUCAGUAAAGAAAUAGACGAUAUUAAAAGAGAGAAACUGCAGGUGGAGAGAGAAAAACUGCAGUAUGAUGCAGAUGUACGCCUGAGGCAAGGGGAAGUAACUAUGCUUCAGAAAGAGCUUGAUGCAGUCACCAGCACAUUGACACAACUAGAAUCCCAGAAGAAAGAAGCACAAAAACGACUUGAUGAAUUGGAUGACAAGAAGUCAAAUUUAGACAGAAAUUUGAAAGAGCUGAGAGACAAGACAUCAAGUGAACAAAUGGAGGUUAACAAAAUGAAAUCACAGAUCAGUAAUCAAGAAAGGCUGGUGCAGAAUCAAGAAACUGAACUUGAUAAACUGAAGCAGGAACUGCAGAGGCUAAAGGAAGAAGAACAGUCACUAGAACAGCAAGUGGAGUCUUCAAGACAACAGCUUAAUCAGUUGUCUGUAUCACGCAAAGACAUCACCAGCCAGCUGAAACAGACAAAAGCCAAGGUUCAGGAACUGCAGAAUCAGCACAGAGAAUUGUCAGGUGGAGACCCGCCAGGCCUGACCAUAAAUGGGAGUCACGCUGUUUCUGAAGUUGACAGGCUCAGUUCAAAAACCAGGGUGGGCAUUCCAAACAGUCCUCUGCGCAGCUUCGGCAUAUCGUCAGAGACCUCUGCCUUCAAAGAUGACCCUUUCAAAGGCCAAGACCCAUUCAAUAAUGUACCCAGCUCUGGGCAGUCUGAUCCUUUCCAUAGUGAUGAUCCCUUUAAAGACAGUGACCCAUUUAAAUCUGAUGGAUUCACAUCAGAUCCUUUUGCAUCAGAUGAUCCUUUUAAGGAUGCAUUUACAUCUAGUUCCACUGUUGGAAAGAAGGAUGAUCCUUUUGCUAGCUCUGAUCCAUUCGCCAGUGCAUUUUCAUCGUCUGGUGCUAGUCAAGCAGAUGGAUUUGAUGCUUUUGGUUCAUCAUGGACAAACUCUAGUUUUGGACAAGAGAAAUCUGGAGGUGAUCCUUUUGGUGGUGAUCCAUUUGCCCCUUCAUCACCAGCCAGACGAAAAUGAGUCUCCAAUGCCAGCACUUCCCCCAAAACAGUCCAGAAGACAACCCCCUCCUCGACCUGCUCCCCCUAAAUCGAAAAGCCCCACUCCUACAAGCAAAGCAAAGACGGAUCUUUUUGGAGAUUUUGGGACAGAUCCCUU